UUUUUACGCAACCGAGAGAGAAAAUACAGAAAAAGAAGAAGAAGAGAGAGAGAUGGCUGCAUACAUUGACAUGUCGAGGGUUCCUUACAUCCCUGGGAGGUUGCACGCGACCAACCAUCCCUACCAGAGGUACGGUCCAAAGGGUUUCAUGGAAAUCAAGGUCCUUCCCAACGACGACCUCUACGUCCGCGUCGACUUGCCCGGUGUUCCAGACAACGCGAUUCGCUACAGAGUCGACGCCGUGAGACAAAAGGUUGUCUUUUUCUCCGGCGAAGAAACCCUCGGCGACGGCGACGUUCGUGAGUACUCUGGAACCGCCGGUCUUGGCUGUGACUGCUGCGUGAUCACCGGCGUGGAGGCCAAGAUGAAAGAUGGAGUCUUGAGGAUGAUUCUCUCAAGGGUCAAGGUGAAGGACCAUGACAACAAGUGUACUCACUUUCUGCCUCCUAACACAGGCAAAUCUGGAAGAUACGAUUUAAGUGAAUCUCCAUCUCCAUAUAACAUGGUUGAAGUGGAGGAUCAUCCGUUUGUGGUGAAAGGUCGCAAGAGCGUACUCGCUACAAAAGGAUCGUCUGAUGGAUGUCAUCACUUUUCGGUGGAUCUGCCAGGAGUAUGUAGUGACGACAUGUUCGUGCUUCCUAACGAGAACGAGAUCAAGUUCUAUGGUGAGAACAAGGAGGUGUAUGAGCAUGACGAGAGUUGCCGUAUUUUCCUUGGAGCCAUCAGCAAGCUUGCAUUUUGUUCCGAUGGGACUCCAGUUUUGAGCCACGACAUCGCUUGGGAUGCAGAGUUUGGUGUUCUCAAAGUGCGUGUUUCACCACCUCCUCCCAACAGCAACAAUGAGUAAUCAUCGUCACUCUUUAACAUAUCUUCGUACGUUUUUCUUUUCACUGUUUUAGUAUUUUGGGAGACCUUAAUUAUGAUUGAAGUUUUAGUUAUGUGUGUGUACUGUUUUU